AUGUCCACCCCCGACCCCUCCGCCCUCCUCCUUCAAGAGGUCCUCGAGGCCAUGAAAGCGCUCCAGCACAGCCAGACGCUCUUAGCCUCCAACGUCGACGCCAUCUCCGGCCGCGUCAACGUGCUGGCCGGCAUGAAGCAGGUCCGCGACGUCGCGGCAGCCUCUUCUCCUCCCUCUUCCUCCACCCCCCUUCCCUCCUCCACAUCGCCCGGAAAGAAAGCCCCAGAGCUGCUUACCAGCGUCGAUGAGUCUGAAAAUAUCGAUGAGAGCGUGCCGCAAUCCCCGUCCCUGCCCGCAACCCAUCUGGACGCCGUGAGCAACAACAGCAGCAGCCGCCCGAGUCAUGGCCGCAAGUCCAGUGCUACUACCGGUAGGAUCAUCCUCACGACCUAUCCAGGACAGUCCGGUAUCAACCCGUUUCCUAUGGACUGGGGCCAUAAGGAUCCACAGCAGAGAGGCCCCGUCGUGGUGUCGAGGACUUUGACGACGUUGAGGAGACGGAAUGCUAUCGGAGCUCACGGUGGAUCGUAUUCGAUUUACUAUGCUCUUGCCGUGGCCAGUAACGAGAUUUCGGUUGACCAUAGACCCGAUUUCACCAAUACCGAACCAGCGGCAAAUAUCGGUCCUUUUCCGCAAUGGGCAGACAAGAAGAAGAUCGUUUCCAUGGACCCCCUCGGUCAUCUGGCACCAUGGCUCUUCAAGGAUGUCAUGGAACAGGAGAAUGUUGAUAUCAGACCAACUAUUGCUAUCACCAGAGCUCACAUGAAGUUGCCAGAACUAGAGCAAAGCGUCCGAGAAGGCCGUCUAGUACCCGAUGGAAAAGUCUGUCUGAACGAUUCGGGUGAGCUGGCAGUAACCAAGUUUGCCGUCGAGCCUGUCUGGUACCUUCCCGGCGUUGCAGAGCGCUUCGGCAUCGACGAGGGAUCCCUCCGCCGAUCACUCUUCGAGCAUACCGGCGGCUCCUACCCCGAGCUCAUCACCAGAGGCGACAUCAAGCUUUUCUUGCCUCCGAUCGGUGGGCUUACGGUGUACUGCUUUGGUGACCCGGCAAAGAUGUCUGACGAGAAGGUCCGCCUUGCUCUGCGUAUCCACGACGAGUGUAACGGCAGUGACGUGUUCGGCUCCGACAUCUGCACAUGCCGUCCCUACCUCAUCUAUGGCAUUGAGGAAGCUGUCAAGGAGGCGCAGAAGGGUGGUAGCGGGGUAGUAAUCUACUUUCGCAAGGAAGGACGUGCGCUGGGAGAGGUUACCAAGUACUUGGUCUACAACGCGCGAAAGCGCGGCGCCGAUCGUGCAAGCGAGUACUUCAAGCGUACCGAGAACAUCGCGGGUGUCAAGGAUAUGCGGUUCCAGGCUUUGAUGCCUGACAUCUUGCACUGGUUGGGGAUUAAGAAGAUUGAUCGGAUGUUGAGUAUGAGCAAGUACGUCACCCUCCAACAAUCCCUCUUCUUCAUGAAGCACGACGCUAUCGUCGGACAAGGUAUCCCAAUUCAUGAGCGUGUCGAGCUUCCUGAGUCCUGGAUCCCCGCCGACUCCAGGGUCGAGAUUGAUGCAAAGAUCACUGCUGGCUAUUUCACAACCGGCCACCGCAUGACGGAAGAGGAACUCGCGGCUGUCAAGGGCAGGAGUUGGGACGAAAGCACCAUGGGCCGUCAUGUGCGAGACGAGCGCGGGAGACGGGGGACGGGCGCGGGAGAUGAUCUGCGAUGGAAUGAGGAGCGGGAUGUUGCGUCUUUUACGCCCACCCACUCAACUCUCGAUGAACCUCUCCUGGAGGCAAGGUCUUGUUGA